UCAUUAAGAAUUUUAUCAAGUAAAUAAUAUUGAUUUUUUCCAGCUGUUACAUAUUAAGCAUUUUAAAAAGUACAUACAGAAUUUCGUUUCGAGCUGUUAACAUAUCAAUUAUCACCGGCACUACAGGAAGCUACAGCUUGCUUGGACCGAUUCGAAUAUUUUAUUUCAAUACAGAUAAUAUACAUUAUCGUUUUACCGUAACAAGACUUUUGGUACCGCAUUCAGUGUAGUAGUGGAGUUUACUGGAGCAGGAACACUAUUGAGAUACUAAAAAAAAAAACCCUACAGAUUGGAAUAAGGUUUUUCCACUUGAAGAAGCACUAAUUAGAAAACGCUAUGGAUUCCGAACAGUUCCGAGAGUUCGCCAAGGCGGUCGUUGAUUACAUAGCCGACUAUACCGAGAACGUUCGUGACAGGCCAGUUUUAUCUUCAGUGAAACCGGGAUACCUGUACGACCUGGUGCCGGCAGAGGCUCCGGUUAAGGGCGAAGACUGGAAGACGGUGAUAGCGGAUGUUGAAAAAAUCAUUAUGCCCGGCAUCACGCAUUGGCAAUCGCCGCAAUUCCACGGGUUCUUCCCCACUGCCAAUUCGUACCCGGCCAUCGUUGGGGAUUUGUUGUCCACCGGCAUCGGAUGCAUAGGGUUUUCUUGGAUUACCAGUCCGGCGUGCACCGAACUCGAGGUGCAAGUAAUGAAUUGGUUCGGGAAAAUGUUGCAGAUACCUAAAGAGUUCUUAAACGAGUCCGAAGGACCCGGCGGUGGUAUUAUACAGGGCAGUGCGUCGGAAGCCACAUUCGUGUGCUUGCUGGCGGCCAAAGACCGCAUGACUAAACACGUGAAAACAAUAAAUCCCCUUUUGGAAGACGGAGAAAUAAAAGCGAAACUUAUUGCUUACACUUCAGAUCAAUCCAAUUCGAGCGUGGAAAAAUCCGGUCUGCUCGGAUCGAUGCCCAUGCGAUUGCUCAAGUCGGACGAGAACGGCCGUUUGACCGGUCCGGUCUUGUUGAAAGCCGUCGAGGAGGAUCGCGCCAAAGGACUCAUCCCUUGUUAUGUGGUCGCCACCUUGGGCACCACGGGCACUUGCGCCUUUGACUGUCUCGAAGAGUUGGGUCCGAUCUGCAACGAAAACAAUAUCUGGUUGCACGUCGACGCAGCCUACGCAGGUGCCGCAUUCAUACUUCCCGAGUACAGGCAUUUAAUGGCCGGCGUCGAAUUCGCCGACUCGUUCGACGUGAACUUGCACAAAUGGCUUUUGGUCAAUUUCGAUUGUUCCGCUUUGUGGGUGAAAAACGCCACGCACCUGGUGAACGCGUUCAACGUGGAAAGGGUCUAUUUGAAUCACAGCUACCAGAGCGAGGACCCGCAAAUACCGGAUUUCAGACACUGGCAGAUACCGUUGGGCAGAAGGUUCAGGGCGUUGAAAGUGUGGUUCGUCAUGAGGUUGUACGGCGUCGAAGGACUACAGGCGCACAUUAAGAAGCAAGUGCAGCUGGCGGAAUUGUUCGGUCAACUGGUCGAACAGGACCGCAGGUUCGAAGUGGUCACGCCCGUCACCAUGGGACUCGUGUGCUUCCGGUUAAAGGGUGACAACGUUUGGACGAAAAAACUGUACGACAGCCUGAUGAGUCGCCGACAGAUCUACUUGGUUACGGCUUCGGUGCGAUCGCAGCUGGUCAUCCGUUUUGUGGUGUGCAGCCGUCUGACCGAGCAAAAGGACGUGGAGUUUGCGUGGAACGAAAUAAGCACACUGGUCGACACGUUGGCCGGCACCGAAGAAUGGGCGAAAAAAGAUGGCGAAGACAGAAGGAAAUACUUGUCUCAGGGAUAACGACGACAGAGAUGAUCAGACGACAAAGUACUUGCACCGACAGCUAUUACCGCACACAACCCGAGGCUUACCAGCCGCCCUAGCCGAUUAGGGUUAAGUUAUAGUAAUAUACCUAUUUUUACAAUAGAGUUAUUAUGGAUUUGUUUGGAUAUUUUAUUAUUUAUUAUUAUUACGGUUUGUUUAAUUAUAAGAAUCUAUUUAUGUGUUAUAUGUUUAAUGAGAA